GUCUCGGGUGGAUUUCAAUAUGGCGGAAUCCAGAUCAAAUGAUCACCGUCCUCCUUCGGGCUAUGAAGAGGACUUUGUGGAAGAAGUUGAAGAAGAUUUUCAGUGUCCCAUAUGUCAUUUACCGCUAAAGGAACCAGUUCUUACGAGAUGUGGCCACAGAUAUUGCAAAGAAUGUCUUGACGAGCACACUGGAAGGUGAGAGUUUACCAUGAGCAGCUUUCAGUAUUGUGUUUCAACCGCAUUAAAUCACUAGCAGAGUCGAAGUUUAACUAAUUAGAGAAUGGUGGUCGGUUGCAUGAUCUUAAACAUCAAUUGCAACGAUAAUGACCACUACAGAAAUUUACUUGGUGAUGCAAUUUUUCAAUGUCUAACAUUGCAUUCGAUUAGUUUAAAAUAUGCGCUCAACUUCCCCAAGAACGAAACAAGACACAUUUUCCUAAUUAUCAAAGGUAAUGAACGGGUUUCAUUCUUACUUGUCCCAAAAAUAAAUUAUCUUAGAAUCGAAAGCGGAAAUCUGUAGUUCAAUUAUGUACUGUAAGCGUAAUUAAGUUUGAAUUUUUUCUUCAUAUUUUCUAGUUUGUGCUUUAAGUGAUGCGAUACUGUUAGACUUAUCUCGCUAUUUAAAGUUUCAGUUUACCUCAUCGUUCACACGAGACUUCAUUACUCGGCCACUAAAUUACAUGAACAUAUAGACGUAUAUUAUGUACCUUGUAAAUUGUGUUGGUUCGAUGAAAUAUGUCCUCUCGGAAAAAUUCCUAACAACGGCUUGGCACAAUGUAUAUAGCUAAGUGCUAAAUAUUUUCUUCAUAUUUUCUAGUUUGUGCUUUAAGUGAUGCGAUACUGUUAGACUUAUCUCGCUAUUUAAAGUUUCAGUUUGCCUCAUCCUUCACACGAGACUUCAUUACUCGGCCACUAAAUUACAUGAACAUAUAGACGUAUAUUAUGUACCUUGUAAAUUGUGUUGGUUCGAUGAAAUAUGUCCUCUCGGAAAAAUUCCUAACAACGGCUUGGCACAAUGCUAAGUGCUAAAUAUUUUUCUUAAGACACAAAACAGAUGAUCGAGUACCUUCGUUUCCGUGUUUAUCCCCCUAAAUAUCUUUUUUCGAUGUUGUAGAUUCUGCAUGUUGCUGUGAAAGUUGAUUUAACAACUGUUUUUGUCAAUGUUGUUUUGUGUUGUCGACUGUAUUGAAUUAAAUAAAAGUGUUGGUUGAGAUGGUAUAUGAGAAUAUUUCCAACACCUGCAAUAUUUGUACAUCGAUUGAAGAUCCCUUAACCGUUAAAAUAUUCAAAAAUUCAUUUGAAUUCUGUCAUUUUAAGGCACUUUCUUACUCGCUUGCUCGCUUACUUACUUACUUACUUAACAAUUUGAUCUUCUCACAGACAGCAAAAUAAAGAAGAGUCUUUAACCUGCCCGGUAGACAGGCAAAAUCUGGACCCAAAUCGGGUAAGUAAACUUUUUAACUUCUGAAAAUUUAAGAAUGAUUUGCUUACUGGGUGCAGUUAACCCCUUAAUUCCCAUGAUCUGAUUGAUAAUUCUCCCAUCUAGCUGUCACACAUUCCCUUGCAAUUGAGUUACAAGAAUUCCGUGUUACAUCAUGACAACAACCUCUAACUAAUAAGUUUGAGUAAUCUCAUUACCUGUUUGUUGGAUAGUGUAGGGAGAGGUUACAUGUAAAUCACUUCUGGAAGUUAAAGGGUUAAAAAACAGAAACAAUUAUUCAGCAUUGUUCUUAUUGCUCAUAAAGUCUUGACCAUUCUCAAUAGUCUGACUUGGUAGAUUCUUUCUGAAACCCAAGUUUUAUUUUUGAUUAAAUAUUUUGAACAAUGUUUUCUUUUCUUUAGUCUAUUUGUUUGUUUUUUGUUCUUGAAAAUAUGCCUUAUUUAUUUUCCAAAUGUAUUUUACUUAAAACAAUACUAUUCUUCAAAUAAUUCCUAGUAAAGGCUCUCCUAAGUAAAAACACUUAUGCCUUAGUCAAUUGUCACCUUAGAAAUUGACCUAUCUGGAUCUUGGAGACGUAAGAAUAAUGUUACUGCGAUUAUUUCUUAGGACAUUUUCCCUGACAAAGCAACAGAGAGGAAAAUCCUUUCUCUUAAAAUCAGAUGUCCAAGUGAUGGCUGUGGAUGGAAGGGGGAGCUGAGGAGCAAGGAGGUAAAAAACUGACACACAUUUAUUGGAAUGUUAAUCAGCCUAAACGUUUUGUAAUAAAGCUAACUCCCCUUCUCAAAAUAUAACUCUAGCACCGACAUGGUGAAAAGUAGACAGGGAGACACUGUGGUUAGUACUCCUAACCAGGGGAGAGUAGAUUUCUGUAAGUCAAUAAGUUUUAAAUGAAACUCUCAGUUAUGCUUUGUUUUGUUGAACAGGCCCACUUGGGAUCUUGUCCUUUUCACCAAGUGGCGUGUACCAACAAAAACUGUGGCAAAAUAGUCCAAAGGAGACAUCUAAAACAACACGAAAAUAAUGAGUGUCCAUGGAGAAUCCUUCAAUGCACUCACUGUUUUGAACCCCACCCAGAGUGUCAAAUGGAGGUGGGUACUGUGAUAGUCAUAGAAUUCACGUUUUCACUUUUUUGAUAAAUUGGAUUAUCCUCGAAGAAGAGCUUCAAGUCAACAUUUCUAUGUACCGACCGCAAGAGUCUUUAGGCCGGGUAAGAAAUAAACUAUGUAACUGAGCAAAAAAAUAAACCUCACAAACAUGACUCCCAACAGGAUUGUAAAAAAAGCAGGGGAUCUGACAAGAGGUAAAAAUUAAAUUCCAAAAAUGUUUUCAAUAUUUAUUUCUGUAGGAUCAUGUCACAAGGUGCCCCCUGUUCCCACUAACUUGUCCGAACCACUGUGGUCGUACGAUUCCCAGAGAAAUGGUGAGACUUUUAGUUGUAUCUUUAUGCACACAAUUUUUAUAAAAGGGAGAAAGGUUACCAAAGCGUUAUAGGGAACUUUUUUCUUUCUUUUUCCAAAUUUUUUUUUUCAGCAGAACAACAAAAUUAAUUUAUCAUUUACCGCGCAGUCUUUUUUCAAGUGGUGCAUGAGCGACAUCAUAUGAAAGGAACGGAUACUAUCACACUUUGUUUUCCGAAAGCAAUUCACACAUCUACGGUAGAAGAGAGGAUUGCUGUCCCUUCUCUUAACAUGUUUAUUCCUUUCUUUGACAUGAUUCAGGUUUCAACUCACAUUGAAGACAAGUGUCGGCUAACGUGGAUUUCCUGUCCAUAUACACCGAUGGGUUGUAAGCAAAAGGUGAGAACAUCAUAGUAGAGCCUUCAUGAAUUCAUGUCACUAAUUGUAAAAAUCCAAUAACAAAAAUCAAAUGCUAGCAAAGUGAAUUCACGAAAUGCAUUCUUGUUUUCUUGCCAUCAUGCUGAGUUUUGCAGUUCGAAGCAUAGUUAAUAAAAAUGCUUAUUCCUUGUUAGAGAAGAAAUUCCUAGAGUUUCUAAUUAGUGUAAGACGUUUAAAGGUAUCUAUGGAAGCAGGAAAUCUUGAACCGAAAACCGAUCACAGUAUUCACUUCUUGCACGCUCGCGGAUAAAAAAAAACAAGAACAAGCGCUCAGCAGAUGUCUUAAAUGGUGUUCCCUGCGCUCGGUUUUGAAAGCAAAGGUUCUGCUAAAAUGAAAUAUUUUUCAGUUUCUGAAACGUUUGAGCCUAAAUCUGAAUAUGACAAAAAAGUCCAAAGAAAGCAGUCGUGAAAAGUAACCACUUCACAAUCCCCUUCCCACGCCAUUUUUUUGUUUUCAAACCUUAAAGGCUACCUUAUUCCCGAGGAUACUAUUCUUGAAUUAAAGUUGCUCCACUAGAAAAUUUCGGCUGGACUCGGUACUUGACCCAUCCUCGGGUACCCGGGGGCUGUGAGUCGAUUUCAAGUCAGGGCGGAAAAGCCCCCGGGUACAUUGUCUUACAAGACUAGUUCCAAACGGUCGCAGUCGUUCUGGCAUCUGAUUGGCGCUAGAAAAUCUCUGUGUUUUUCUGCCCAAUCAGAGUGAAGUAUGCUUUAGAGUCCCUUCGUGUGUUUUAACACGUAGAUUUGCAGGAAGCUCAGUUGCUCGCCUUGUUUGUUUGGGCCGUGUGACGAAGCUUUGCUUGAUGUGAAAAGUUUCAGUCUCAGCACACAAUGUAAGAGAAAUCGAUUAGAUUGUCCGCGAAAACCUUACCAGAAAUUAUACUGAAUACUUUCGCAAGUAUCACAGGUAUUUCGUCGUACGGGCCACGCAGGUAUGUCGAGCAACUGGCGCUUACGCUCACGUAGCUUUCUGUGCGCGCCAAAAUCUAACCCUCACACGGUAGCAAAGUCUUUCACAAUAUGGCCAAGGUUACAGAGAAUGUUAAGUUCGUGGACGACCUCCAGUAAGCGCCUAGAGAAAGCUUGGCUGUGUUUCCGGUUAGCGAAUUAAAGUCUGAACAAAAACUCGAGAACAUUGUGGGAAGGAGAGAUGUUUUUGGACAGUAACCGACGGGGUUUGGAAAGAGCUUAAUCUUUUCAACUGCUGCCCUGACAAAGGCAUACCAUUUUUUUUUGUUGGAGUCUGUCUCCUCCCAGUUACAAGCCAUGAUGUUUGUUCCAUGACAAGUGUCGCAAACUGCACGCGGAAGACCAUCGUCUGGUUGAACUUUUUGAUUGAAAACUUCAAAUAUUUUCAUAAACUCACCAUUAAGGUUCCUUUGUCUCUUAAUUUUGAUAAAAACGAAAGAGCAUACUCGACAACGGUCUGAAACAUUUCCACUCGGAUUAUUCACGCUCAUCGUAAAAAAACCCUGAACCUUCCCUAAACAACUUGUCGAAGGAGAUAUGAUUUUGGUGCGCACAGAAAGCCACGUGAGCGUAAGCGCCAGUUGCUCGACAUACCUGCGUGGCCCGUGCGACGAAAUAAUUUCACGGGAUUGGCAAAGUUUCAGUCACAGCACAUUGUGCGAGAAAUCUAGAAAGACUUAUGUCCGAACGCACUGGACUGACAAAAUUUGUCUGGCCCCACCAAAAAACCCGACAAAAUUUGCCUCUGUCAAAUUUUCAAUUUGUCAAGCGUGGAUGCACUGAGACACAGUAAAAUAUUUGUUAACCACACGUGUCAAUCACUUGAGACAAGAGCCUCCAUUGCAACGUUCGAAGAAUUUUCGGAUCUACCAAAUAGAGCAGGCGCCAUCGAUGGGACACAAAAAAAUAAGGCUCCAAAAGAAAGCGCUGUCGACUACUUUAACUGAUAUAAAUUGAACAUUACUUGGCCCUGGAGAUGCAGCUGGAACGUAAACUUGGGAACCGUAAUAGUUGUAUUCUGAGUAAGGAUCGUUAUGCAGCAUACCGAGGCACGAAUCUGCCACCUUCACCGUUUGAUUGCCGCGCACCUAAGAAAUAAUUUCGGUGGGCUUCGGAUUGAAAUACUCUGACUGAAAGUAGAGAUAAAAUUUUCUUGAUUGACAUGUUCCUUCAAAUCAUGGCAUAUAAAUUGACAAAUCUGUCAGAUUUCACGCCUGACAAAAAUUUGUCCUGCUCCGAGGCAGGACGACGGCGUCUCUGAAGUUUGGUAAGCCUUGACAAAAUUUGGUAGGUCUAAAAAAAUAACCGGGCGCACUUGUCUUAGGGAACUGGUGACAGAUUUUUUCGCAGAAUAAACAAAAAUUUGCCCAGUGCGCCCGGGCCCUUAAGCUUACAUCUCGUCUAAAGUUUAAAGCGACAUAUUGACGCCUGCAACCAUAAUGUUUUAUACGAACCUCGCAAACUUUUAAAUACGUUCUCUUGUGAUACCUACGAAGGUAUUCAGUAUAAUUUCUGGUAAGAUUUUCGCGGACAAUCUAAUCGAUUUCUCUUACAUAGUGUGCUGAGACUGAAACUUUUCGCCUCGAGCAAAGCUUCGUCGCACGGCCCAAACAAACAAGGCGUGCAACUAAGAUUCUUGUGCAUCCCCAUGUUAAAACAGACGAAAGAACUCUAAAGCACACUUCACUCUGAUUGUGACUGCAACCGUUUGGAACUAGUCUUGUAAGACAAUGUCCCUAGAGGCUCUUCCACCCUGACUUGAAAUCGACUCACAGCCCCUGGGUCUCCGAGGAUGCACUUGGCCGUGCGCGAUUUUGAACAUCCGAAGAACAAGUCCUGAAGGACAACCAGCAACAGCGCUGUUGUUCUAAUAAGUCGUCAUAACACUUCAUCUCCAUACAUUUGAGUUUUUGAAGUCCACAAGUUCUGAUAUCGCUAUUAAACAAGAGCUCUGUGUUUGUUUAUGCAAACGACCUAUAAAACUGUCUUGAGAAGGCUUAACUUUUCAUGUAGGUUCAACGCCAGGAAGUGGAGUCUCAUCUCGAAUCAGCCACAAGAGUCCAUCUUGAUUUCGCUUGUGUUAAGCUAAAUAAGAUAGAAGAUGAAUUGAAUGAAGCAAAGAACAAAUCGAAGAAGAUAGAGGAUAAGUACGACAACGCAGUGGCUUUGUUAAAUGAGACAAUGGCUGCUUUGAAAAACGCCGUGGGACUGCUACAGCUGUCAAACGUAAAACAUACAAACAUGUUUCUUUGGAGGAUCGACGGUUUCAGUGAUAUUUUGGAAAAGGCAAAGAACGAGGGUAAAGAGAAGAUAUACAGUGAUCCGUUGUACACCAAAACUGAAACAGAUGGUUAUGGGUACAAAUUAAAAGUACUCAUUUGCCCUGAUGGAAUUGGAGAUGCAAAGAAUACUCACCUGUCGGUAUAUAUUAUUAUAAUGAAAGGUGAAUAUGACGCAAUAUUACCUUGGCAUUUCAAUAAGAAAGUGAAGUUCACAUUGAUUGAUCAACAAGAUGAACCAGGCAAAAGAUAUAACAAAACUGCAGAGCUCAUAGGAGAGAAUAUCCCGAGCUUUACUAGGCCUACAACAGAAGAAAACAUAGGAAUAGGUUUUAAUUGUUUCAUAUCUCAUGAGGAACUUAAAUCGCAGCACUACAUUGUGGAUGACACUUUGUUUCUACAGGUCGAGAUUAGGUCGCCAUCUAAUUGAUUCCGUGCUCUAGCCUUAGAGGCAAAAAAAGAAUUACGGAGCUAGAUUCUCAAGUUGACUUUGAUAAAGGUUCAAUGUUUCAGAGAAAUUUUGAAACAGGCAAAGAAUGAGGAAAAAGAGAAAAUAAACAAUGAUCCAUUCUACACCAAAACUGAAACAGAUGGUUUUGGCCACAAAUUAAAAGUACUCAUUUCCUUUGUUUCUUCAGGUUGAGAUUAGUUCGCAAUCGAGUUAAUUCCGCACUGCAGCCCCAAAAGUAAAAUAUCAAUAAUGAAAGAGUCAGCUUCUCGACAUGACUGUGACAAAUUGCAUGACGGAUUGGCUCUCGUAAGUCUUUACAUCUUGUGACCAACCUGCGAAACUAUGGCCAAGUGAGCUCUCUGAGCUGAAAUAAAAUCCAGGAGGUUAGUUUAGUUUUUAUAACCUUCUUCUGGUAUACGGAUUUUAUUAUUGACUGUGUUGUUUAACAUAGAUGUUUGUGAUAGGCCAUAAGCAUAGCAAUAGCGUUAUCUGAAUAAAUGUUACCGAUGUUAUCACUAUUUAUCUGGAUUUCUGACUCAUCUCGGUCAGUAGGAGAUCAUUUACAACCAAGUAAUAAGUCAUUCAGUGGCGAUCUCCGUAAGAGUAGUGCAGGGCAUUUUGCAUCGGAAAAAGGGGUUUUACCUCAAACUUUGC